AACUUUUGUUGACUAAAUGACUAUCUGACGAUAACCGGUGCGGAGGCCGGUGAAAGCGAGCAAGUGGUUUUAUUUUACUUUGGUAUUAUCGCGUAUCAUAUUUUGUUUGUUGAAAUAGCUGUGACUAUUUUAUUGAAUUAAAAAUUGUCACUUGGUCUAUUGAUUACGAGAAAAAUGAGUGAUAUUAUAACAGUUAAAGCACCUGUUAACAUAGCUGUUAUUAAAUAUUGGGGCAAACGAGACGAGGAUUUAAUUUUACCGUUAAAUGAUUCCGUUAGUGCUACUUUGGAUACGAGUAUUAUGUGCGCGAAAACGUCAGUCUGUGCAAGACCAGAAUUUAAAGAAAAUGAAAUAUGGUUGAACGGAAAAAAGGAAACAUUUCAGAGUCCGCGACUACAAAAUUGCCUAAAAGAAAUAAAAUCCAGAGCUGCGGCAGAAAACAGCGUCAAUGAAGAUUUUCUACAGUGGAAAGUACGUGUGUGUUCGGAAAAUAAUUUUCCUACUGCCGCAGGAUUGGCGUCUUCCGCAGCUGGAUAUGCAUGCCUUGUGACAGCUCUGGCUAAACUUUAUAAGGUCAAGUCUGAUGUUAGCUCUAUUGCCCGGUUGGGAUCAGGCAGUGCCUGCCGCAGUGUAUAUGGAGGCUUCGUUAGAUGGCAUGCAGGCACUAAUCCAGAUGGUACAGAUUCAGUAGCUUCUCAAAUCGAAGGUUCUGCACACUGGCCCGAAAUGCACGCCUUAAUCCUAGUUGUAGGCGAUACUAAAAAGAAAACUAGUUCCACUACUGGUAUGAGAAUAUCUACACAAACUUCCGAGUUAUUAAAACAUAGAAUUAAGUAUUGUGUGCCACAGAGGACUGACGAGAUUAUUCAGGCAAUCAAACAGAAAGAUUUUCCAAAAUUUGCUGAAGUAACUAUGAAGGACAGCAAUCAGUUUCAUGCAGUGUGUUUGGAUUCCUAUCCACCAUUUGUGUACAUGACAGAUGUAUCUCACCUAAUUGUUGAUUUGAUACACAAGUACAAUGAGCUCUCUGGAAGUACAAAAGUUGCUUACACUUUUGAUGCUGGACCAAAUGCUUGUCUGUACCUUCUUGAGGAAGAGGUACCACAAGUGUUAUCUUUUAUAAGACAUGUAUUCCCUUCCUCUAACCCAGAGCUAUUUGUUACUGGCUUAAAAACAAAUGAAGUUACAUUAAAUCCAGAGUUAAAGAAUAUUUGUGAGCCUCAAGCAAAAGAUUUGAUAAAAUAUGUUAUACAUACUAAAGUUGGAGAAGGACCCACAGAAGUUACAGAUGGAUCACAUCUUUUGAAUGAUGCUGGGAUACCAAAGAUUGAAUAAUAAUUGUUGAGAUAUAGUGCGUCACAAAAGUAGAUAGCACACAUUGUUAUCAUUAGAUCAAGAAUACAUAAUUUACAUGUGAAUGGAACAUCCUGUUUGCCAUCUUUUUUUAUGAAUGAAGUGACAUCUAUUUAUGUGAAUGUACCUAAGUUUGGUAAUGGCAUUUGUACUGUGUAAAAUAUUCCAGUUGAUAAGCAGUGUUGGUCUGGUUUGGUAGUUAGUCCAAUAAAUAUUUAGAAGUUGUUAUACCUAUUAUAAUUGGUAAUUAUGUAAUGAAUUUAUGCUAUUCAGGGUAUUGUAGGUACUGACUGUAGAUUUAUCUUAUUGUAACUCGAAUAUCUAUGUAAUAUGUUGAAAGAAGAAAAAUGUGUCUGUAUAAUCAUUGGUUUUUAUUUACAUAAAUUAUACACAUUCAUACAUAAACAUUUGU